GUGAAAUUCCUAUACUGGGAGAGAACGUGUCCCAGCUUGACCAGCAUUCUCACACAUACAAACACAUACACACACAUAGGCAGACGGUGAGUUUGAAAUUGCACAUGAAGGCAAGCUGCAGUGGCACUCAUUUUAUCCAGCCUGGGCAAGAAUACACUUGUCCCUCGCACUGUCGCUGAGGAAUGAGACAGCCGGCUCAGACCUGCCCUGAAAAGACCGACAGAGGGUGAAGGGUGCAGGACGGUGCUGAGUCGGUUUGGAGGCAAAUGCAGGUGAGACGCAGUGUCACGCGUAUUUGCUUGGACCACAACUGCUCUUUGUGUGCUCCUGGUCUUCUGUAAGACACAGAAGAGGCAGCAGAAAGGUCCAAGCGUGUGUAGAUGUGCGACAGCGGAGUGUGUGAGGACAAGCCCCCCGCCCCCCCUGUCAGGAUGAGCAGCCAAGGAGGAGGAGCCAAAGACCCCCAGUCGACCAACCACAGCUCUCGGCCACUUCCGUCUGUGCCGGAGGAGCGGAAGUCCAGGAACAAGAUCAUCUCCAUGUUUGCCUCUGAGAAAGGAGGCAGGAAGAAAGACCGGGACAAGGACAGGCCGGAGAUCUCUUCCCCGUCUGACUUUGAGCACACUAUCCACGUGGGGUUUGAUGCAGUCACUGGAGAGUUCACAGGCAUGCCGGAGCAGUGGGCCCGCCUCCUUCAAACCUCCAACAUCAGCAAAUCAGAGCAGAAGCAGAAUCCCCAGGCGGUGCUCGACAUCCUCAAGUUCUACGACUCCACCAGCGGGAAGCAGAAGUACCUCAGUUUCUCUGCCUCAGAUAAAGAUUCUCAGUCGCCGGACAAGCAGAGCGCGACCACCUCGCCGGGGAGAAAAGAUGGCGACUACGACGAUGACGACGAUGCCCCUCCGCCAAUUGUGGCACCGAGGCCAGAACACACAAAAUCAGUUUACACAAGGUCGGUGAUCGACCCACUGCCGCCUCCGGAGGGAGACGCAGCCUCCAAGGCGGCCGACAGACAGAAGAAGAAAGGAGGCAAGAUGACGGAUGAGGAGAUCAUGGAGAAACUCAGAACUAUUGUCAGCAUCGGGGAUCCUAAGAAGAAGUACACGCGAUACGAGAAGAUCGGACAAGGGGCGUCUGGAACUGUUUACACAGCCAUAGAUGUCGCAACGGGACAAGAGGUGGCCAUCAAGCAGAUCAACUUGCAGAAGCAGCCUAAGAAAGAACUCAUCAUCAACGAGAUCUUGGUCAUGAAGGAGAUGAAGAAUCCCAACAUUGUCAACUUUGUAGACAGCUUCCUGGUUGGAGAGGAGCUUUUUGUGGUGAUGGAGUACCUGGCCGGCGGCUCCCUUACGGACGUGGUGACGGAGACGUGCAUGGACGAGGCUCAGAUCGCUGCCGUGUGCAGAGAGGUCCUCCAGGCUCUGGAGUUUCUUCAUGCCAAUCAGGUUAUCCAUCGAGACAUCAAGAGCGACAACGUGCUGUUGGGAAUGGAUGGAUCAGUCAAACUCACCGACUUUGGCUUCUGCGCUCAGAUCACGCCAGAACAGAGCAAACGCAGCACCAUGGUCGGCACUCCAUACUGGAUGGCUCCAGAGGUGGUGACCCGGAAAGCCUAUGGACCCAAAGUGGACAUCUGGUCACUGGGCAUCAUGGCCAUAGAGAUGGUGGAGGGAGAGCCCCCGUAUCUCAACGAGAACCCUCUCAGGGCGUUGUAUUUAAUCGCCACCAACGGGACUCCUGAGCUGCAGAGUCCAGAGAAGCUGUCCCCUGUCUUCAAGUCCUUCCUGUCCCGCUGUCUGGAGAUGGACGUGGAGAAACGAGGAUCGGGCAGAGAACUGCUACAGCAUCCUUUCCUGAAGCUGGCAAAGCCUCUGUCCAGCAUGACUCCCCUCAUCCUGGCGGCAAAGGAGGCCAUGAGGAGCAACCGCUAAGUGGAUGUCGGAGAGGAGGGCAUGCCAAGAACACCAUCCUCCUUUGACUAGCAUCAGUGACGGUGUUUUUUGUUUUUUUUUUUACUUCUGCCGGCAUUCCUCUCCCGUUGGUUGAACUCACAUCACCUUUGUGCCUUGUUAGUUUUAACCCUGCUUCACAUCCACACUGGCACAUGUCAUUAUAUCCAAGGAUCAAACGUGGUGAAAUACCAGCACACAUACUUGUGCAGUGAACAAAGUGGAAUUACUGUACAUGCAUUUUAUUGGCCCCUAUAGCCCUCACCCACUCAUUUACUUCGGUUACAUUUGAUUCAGUGGUGUCAGAUGACAUGCACAAAGCAACAAUUUGGACAAUUUGUAGCAAGGUUUGCCUGAGACUGAGUCUCUAAACCUUUCCCCAUGGAGGGCUGCAUACAGAAAAAUGAAAUAUAAUAUGAAAUAUAUAAUAUCUAAUAAUGUAUUUGUUUAAUUUUCAGAAUCUGGCCCAAAAAGUACUGAGUUACCACCACUAAAAUGGCCCUUGGGCCACACUUUAGACACCAUCUGAGAGCAGCGAUGUCAGUGCUGUUUUGGUGGUAAAUUAAGCCAUAGCAUAUGAUUUUUUUUUAAAGGGGACCUAUUAUUCUCAUUUUUCAGCUCUGUAUAUAUAGUUACACACAAUAACCAGAACAGAAAGCUUUCUAGAACUUCCAUGUAUGUACCUAUUCCAGCUGUAUUUCUUUGGAUUUUGUGCUUCCUGUGAAAACAGGCCGCCAUUUUGUUCCACCCACCGCCUGCCUCCAGGCACACCCACUCAGCUGUGGUUGGUCAACUCCCAAGUGCUCAGGAGGACUUCCGGAUAGCUGCCCAACCCAACUUUAUAGUUGAUAAUAAAUGGCCCAUGUUCACGAAACAGCCCAUUGUGAUAUGCCAUUCAUAGAUUAAAAUCGUUUCCUUUUGCUGGUCAAGA